AUGGUCAAGAUUGCAAUCGCGGGUGGCUCGAGCGGCGUUGGCCGGGAAUUCACCGACGCCCUCGUCGCAACAAACAAGCACGAGAUCCUCCUCCUUUCUCACAAGGACGCCCCGCCCACCCUACCAGCGCGCACAACCUGGAUAAAAACAACCUACAGCUCAACCGCGCAUCUCGCCGAAGUCCUAUCAGGCGUGCACACCGUCUUAUCUUUCAUAAUCGAGCAAGAGAGCGAAACCAGCCCCGUCCAGCGCCGCCUAAUCGACGCAUGCGUCGUCGCGGGCGUGACUCGCUUCGCGCCCAGCGAGUGGGCCUCAUCCUCACUGCGCCAUCUCCCCUGGUACGCCUACAAAGCUAGUAUCAGGCGCUAUCUGGCGGAGCUCAAUAAGGAGAAGCAAGUCCUUCAGUACGCGCUUUUCCAGCCGGGCCUGUUUGCCGAUUACCUUGCCGCGCCGCAUCGGACGAGCCGGUAUAUCGUGCCGCUGCAGAUCCCGGUUGAUUUUGCGAAUCGUCGGGCGAUCCUUGUUGACGGCGUUGAUGCGGAGAAUGCGCGCAUCACUCUGACAACCGUUGCUGAUUUCGCGGCCGUUAUGGUGAAAGCUGUUGAGUGGACGGGUGAGUGGCCUGUUGAUUCGGGGAUUGCGGGGACGACGAUGACGCUUUCUGAGCUGGUGAGACUCGGUGAGAAGGUCCGUGGGGGUAUACCGUUCAAUAUUGAGAAGGUGAGCAAGGAGGACUUUUUGUCUGGGACGUGGAAGACGAGCUGGGUGCCGCGCAAUGAGCACCCGUCUGUUCCGGUGGAGAUGCAGGAGGGGUUUGCGAGGCCGGCGACCGAGGGCAUCUGUUUGGCGUUUGCGGAGGGGGCGUUUGGGGUGAGGCCGGUCUGGAAUGGGCUUUUGCCUGGGUUUGGGUUUGAGGGGGCUGAGGGGUUUUUGGGGAGGGUUUGGGGAAAAGAAUAG